UUCGCAAAACCCUAAUCGCAGAAGGCAGAUUUUCGAGCUCCAGCGCAAGGGCAAACCCUCGGAGCCGCCUCUGCGCCGUCGCUUCCACCUCCCGGAGCCAAAAAUGAAGUUCAACAUCGCCAACCCCACCACUGGCUGCCAGAAGAAGCUCGAGAUCGACGAUGACCAGAAACUGCGAGCAUUCUUUGACAAGAGGCUUUCACAGGAAGUCAGUGGAGAUGCACUUGGAGAGGAGUUCAAGGGAUAUGUUUUCAAGAUCAUGGGAGGAUGUGACAAGCAAGGUUUCCCAAUGAAGCAGGGUGUCCUGACUCCUGGCCGUGUCCGCCUCUUGCUUCACCGGGGGACCCCUUGCUUCCGUGGAUACGGAAGGAGGAAUGGAGAGAGGAGGAGGAAGUCUGUGCGUGGAUGCAUUGUCAGCCCUGACCUUUCUGUUCUGAAUUUGGUUAUUGUGAAGAAGGGAGAGAGUGAGCUCCCUGGUCUCACCGAUACCGAGAAACCAAGGAUGAGAGGUCCUAAAAGGGCUUCGAAGAUCCGCAAGCUCUUCAACCUUUCCAAGGAAGAUGAUGUCCGGAAGUAUGUCAACACUUACCGCAGAACAUUCACAACCAAAGCCGGCAAGAAGGUGAGCAAGGCUCCCAAGAUUCAGAGGCUGGUCACUCCAUUGACUCUGCAAAGGAAGCGUGCGAGGAUUGCUGAUAAGAAGAAGAGGAUUGCCAAGGCCAAGUCUGAAGCUGCUGAUUACCAGAAGCUCCUUGCCACCAGAUUGAAGGAGCAGAGAGAACGUCGCAGUGAGAGUUUGGCCAAGAAAAGGUCCCGGCUUUCUGCUGCCUCUAAGCCAUCAGUUGCUGCUUAGACCCUCCUAUUGUUUAUGUCUGGAGUUUUGAUUAUGACUGCAGUUUACUUUUUAAGAUUUUUGAUGUUUGAAGUUCAAUUUUGAUGGUCGGGAGGUCAUCUGGAUUUACGACUCUUAGAUACUUUGAAGUUUCUUCAUCGUUAUGGUACCUUGUCUGGUAAGAAUGCCAUGAGUUUCUCCCUAUUUACUGAUCUACAUUUUAUAUUAGACGGAUGAUUAUUUUUCA